CGCCUAGUUUACUCCCCCUGCCAGCGCCCCCACGGCCAUGGACCCCUCAACCGCCAAGUCACCUAACCUGUCCUCCAACGCGGCGGAGGCGGAGCUCCAUCGACCGCUCGCUUACAUAUAAGGGCCGGGACGCCCCCCGCGGACUGGACAGCCCACCACACUCCACUCUCUCCCCUCCCGGCCCCGAUCGACUCCCACCGCCCAACAACCGACGGGUGCCGCCGCCGCCGCCGCCGCUACCUGCUACGUACGCGCACGUACCACCAACCUCCACGUACCCCGCCGAUUGAUCGGACGGCCAGCGCGCGCGCCGCUCCGACGAGCAAGCCACCGACGUCGUGCGUACGGGACGACGCCGGGCGCCGCCGCCGGCCGGGACACGCCAACAAGCCCCUCCUGGUAGGCACGGCGCCAGCAGCAGCAGCAGCAGCGUCGGCAGCGACAUUUUAGAGGCGCGGCGAUGAGGAUCACGGGGAGCGGCGCCACCGCAGUAGCGGCGGCCAGCCUGCGGCUCCGGCCCGGCCGGCUCGGGGAGGUUCUCGCCGUCGCGCUCCUCUUCGCGUCGGCGGCGCUGUCGUCCCUGGCGGGCGCCGAGUCGCCGCCGGCGGCGGCCGGGCCGGGGCCGGCGGCGGCGGCGGCGCGGCACGACUACGAGGACGCGCUGCACAAGAGCCUGCUCUACUUCGAGGCGCAGCGGUCGGGGCGGCUGCCGCACGGCCAGCGCGUGGCGUGGCGCGACCACUCCGGCCUCACCGACGGCCUCGAGCAAGGGGUGGAUUUGGUGGGCGGGUACUACGACGCCGGCGACCACGUCAAGUUCGGCCUGCCCAUGGCCUUCACCGUCACCAUGCUCUCCUGGAGCCUGCUCGAGUACGGCGCCGACGUCGCCGACGCCGGCGAGCUCGCCCACGCGCUCGAGUCCAUCAAGUGGGGCACCGACUACUUCAUCAAGGCGCACACCCAGCCCGACGAGCUCUGGGCAGAGGUGGGCGACGGCGACACGGACCACUACUGCUGGCAGCGGCCGGAGGACAUGACGACGUCGCGGCAGGCGUACAAGGUCGACCGCGAGCGCCCCGGGUCGGACGUCGCCGGCGAGACCGCCGCCGCCAUGGCCGCCGCCUCCAUGGUGUUCCGGGAGCACAACCCGCACUACGCCAGCCUCCUCCUGCACCACGCCCUGCAGCUGUUCGAGUUCGCCGACAAGUACCGGGGCAAGUACGACAGCAGCAUCGCGGAGGUGAAGAGCUACUACGCCUCCGUCAGCGGCUACCACGACGAGCUCCUCUGGGCGGCGCUCUGGCUCCACCGCGCCACCGGCCGCGCCGAGUUCCUCGACUACGCCGUCGACAACGCCCACGCCUUCGGCGGCACCGGCUGGGCCAUCACCGAGUUCAGCUGGGACGUCAAGUACGCCGGCGUCCAGAUCCUCGCCGCCAGGCUGCUGCUGCGGGGGGAGCACUCGCCGCGCCACCGGGAGACGCUGGAGCGGUACCGGGCCAAGGCGGAGCACUACGUGUGCGCGUGCCUGGGCCGGAACGCGGCCGGCGGCGCCGACGCCAACGUGGAGCGGAGCCCCGGCGGGAUGCUCUACAUCCGGCAGUGGAACAACAUGCAGUACGUGACCAGCGCCGCGUUCCUGCUCUCCGUCUACUCGGGCUACCUCCUCUCGCCCGCCGCCGCCGGCGCCGCCGGGGAGGCCGUGGCGGCGUGCGCGGGCGGCGGGGCGGCCACCGCCGGCGAGGUGUUCGCGAUGGCGCGGUCGCAGGUGGACUACGUGCUGGGGAGCAACCCGCGCGGGAUGAGCUACCUGGUCGGGUACGGCGCCCGGUUCCCCGCCCGGGUACACCACCGCGCCGCCUCCAUCGUGCCGUACAAGCACAGCAGGGAGUUCAUCGGCUGCGCGCAGGGGUUCGACGACUGGUUCGUCCGCAAGGGCGCCAACCCCAACGUCGUCGUCGGCGCCAUCGUCGGCGGGCCCGACCGCCGCGACCGCUUCCGGGACCACCGGGAGAACUACAUGCAGACAGAGGCGUGCACCUACAACACGGCGCCCAUGGUCGGCAUGUUCGCCAUGCUCAACAGGCUGGCCCGGGACGAGGUCACGGCGGCGGCGGCGGACACAAGUGUAAAUAGAUAGUGAUACAGAGGGGGUUUGUACAAUUUUGCCCCUAUUCUUUUGUUCAUUCUUUCUCUACUACUAGAUGUGAAGCCAGGUGAAGGCGCUCGCUCUUCACAUGAAAUUAUUUGUAUACGAGGGGGGGAAAAAGAUAGGCGGAGGGAUUUGGCAAAGCAAAUGCAAAUGCAAAUCCCCUCCCCGUAAAUAUAAGAGGAAAAAAGAAUAAUGUCUUAGGUUAUUGGAA